AGCGUAUUUGGCAUACACGUGAUCGCGGGCAAGCAUUGAUUACGCAAUACGUCGGAGUAUGCUGAAAUUGUACCCAAGUUUGUGUUAAUUUUUAUUAAGAAUGGCAGGUAGUGACAGUGGACUAGUCUUAAAUCUCGUAUCCAGUGUCGGAACAAUAAAACAGGUCCAGAAGCCAGCAAAUCCUCAGGAAACUGUUCGGAAGAAGAAGAAGACCCCACUCAAAACUGCUCAGAGGAGAGAAGAAAACAUCUCAUUUCAAAGAGCAAAUGAAACCGAAGCUACAAAGAAUGCAAACUCUGGAUUCAGUUUUAACUUUUCACAAGCCAGUGGGGAAAACAGGACAAAAUCGCAGGGGAAAGGUGUGAGGCAAAGAGAUGGAGAAAGUAAAGAGAAACAGUCUAGUCAACCCUCAAACAACAUCAUUUCUUCCCUCUUUCGGCAUAAUCCAGAAAUACCUCAGGUUUAUGUCCAUGAUGUCACCCAAAAUAAGGAGGCCAUCUUUUCAUCAACACAGUUCAGUGAACUACCACUGCAUUCCUUCAUGAUAUCAAAUAUUGAGAAGAAUCUUGGGUUUAGUCAGAUGACGACUGUUCAACAGAGAGCCAUUCCUACUCUACUCCAGGGAAAAGACACUCUUAUCAAAUCACAAACCGGAACAGGAAAAACGUUGGCAUAUGCUGUUCCACUUGUGCAGCAACUUCAAGGUUUCCAGCCUAAAGUUCAAAGGUUACAUGGACCUUAUGCUCUUAUCCUGGUCCCUACGAGAGAGCUGGCAUGUCAGAGCUUUGAGACUCUUGUGAAGCUUGUGAAGCCAUUUCAAUGGAUUGUACCAGGUGUACUGAUGGGAGGAGAAAAGAAGAAGUCAGAGAAAGGAAGAAUAAGGAAAGGAAUUAACAUUCUGGUGUCUACCCCUGGUCGAUUGGUAGAUCAUAUUAAUACUACCAAAGCUCUUACCUUUGCAAGAGUGAGGUGGGUUGUCUUGGAUGAGGCCGAUAGGUUAUUAGAUCUUGGUUUUGAGAGGGAUGUAUCUACUAUCUUGAAUGCUAUUAAUGAGCAGUGCAAGAACCAGAAACAAACUGUCUUGGUGUCAGCUACACUUUCAGAAGGUGUGAAACGACUUGCCAACAUCACCUUGAAAGAUCCCGUCUUCAUCGACGUUGCCAAAGACCAGUCAGGUACAACGGAAGCACCAAAUACUGCUUCAUCCUCGAGAGAAGAGACGAAAAGUACGGUUAAGAUGAAGGUCGAAGAUGGCUCAGGAGGAGAGAAGGAAGAUGCAGAGAAGUUUACCGUUCCAGAACGCCUGAAGCAGCAGUUUGUCAUUGUACCAAGCAAGCUACGACUGGUUGCACUCACAGCUCUGGUAGUAGGCAGAUUCAAGAAUCCCUCCGGAUGUAAGAUGCUGGUCUUCCUCUCAAGUUGUGAAUCGGUCGACUUUCAUUACACCCUCUUUCAGAGCUGCAAGGGAUGUUCCAUUCUCAGAGAGGAUGGGACAGCAUCAAAGAAAGAGGGGAUGCCAUUAUUCAAACUCCAUGGCAAUAUGUCUCAAGAGGAAAGAAUUAAGAUGUACCAUGCAUUCAGUGAAGCAAGAAAAGGAGUCCUCCUAUGUACAGAUGUUGCUGCUAGGGGAUUAGAUUUACCGAAGGUCAAGUGGAUCGUACAGUAUAACAUACCGGGGUCAGCAGCUGACUAUGUUCAUCGUGUCGGAAGGACGGCUAGGAUCGGCAAAGAAGGACAGGCCCUUCUAUUCCUAGCUCCAUCGGAAGUUGAUUAUAUCAGAAUACUAGAAGAACAACAUAUCAGAAUCAACGAACUGCCUCUGGAUGAUAUCCUAUCCAGCCUGAUGACCUCUGAAGCUCAGGACUUCAUCCACGGUCAGUUCAAGGGUCAGAUGCAACGCUCUGUUGAGGAAGCAGCGACCAACCUGCAGCUCAGAUAUGAGAAUCAUGUCCUGAGUAGUACAGCUCACACACAGCAAGCGAGGAAAGCAUUCCACUCUUUCAUCCGUGCAUACGCCACAUAUCCAUCAUCCCUCAAACACAUCCUUCAUAUCAAGAAACUUCAUCUAGGUCAUGCUGCCAAGAGCUUUGGACUACGUGAAGCGCCCUCUAACAUCAAUGAGAGGAUAGGCAAUAGCAAUGCAAGGGGCACCAAGAGAAAACAGAAUGCUAUGAAGACGAGUAGUGUUUCAGAGUUUGAUAGCGGCCUGGAUGAAUCGAUGCUGAUUCCUUCAAAGAAACAGAAAGCUGAUGCCAAGAAAAAGAGGAGAAAACUCAAGCUCCAGGAGAAACAACCACACCCAAAGAAAUAAUGAAGAGGAGAGAGACUUCAUCCAAAUGUUGAUUUUAGAUUCUAAGAAAUCUCAAAGGUCAAGUCCACCCCAGAAAAAAAGUUGAUUUGGAUAAUUAGAGAAAAAUCAAACA